AUGUCGAACAGCUACUACGGCUAUGGGCUCUGGAUGCAUGGCGGUAACGGUGAGAACCCGACCUGCGCCUUUCUCGGAGGUCGUGGGAAACUGCAGGGAGCUCGGUGUAAUUUGACCGGAGUCUGGGUAAAUACCCUGGGAUCACUGCUAAAUAUCACCGCUGAAGGAUUUCGGCUUAAAGGAUCCCUGCAGUCUUCUGUACAGCUUGCCCCCCAUUCCGCAGGUGACCACAUAACUGGUGAACUGUUGGGGCUCAUAGGACAAGGAGAUGAACCAACCUUCACAAUGUCCAUAAACUGGAAAGUGGGUUCAGUCACUGCUUGGGUUGGUCAGUGUUUCCAGAUGUCAAAUUGCCCAGUAUUGCAAACUAUGUGGUUGCUGCGAUCAAAGGCCACGGUAGAAGAUAACUGGAAGGCAACGAGGAUUGGUGAAGAUGUGUUUUCCCUACGGACAUGUCAUGUACACCAUGUGGUUUAA